ACAGCACUCCUUCUGCCGAGUGUUAAGGAGAAUAUGAAAGAUUUGCAGUCAACUCCUUCAUGCUCGAAAUCUAGUGAUCACGGUUAUGUGAGGCGAUUAGAACUGGAGGAUGAUUGGAUAGAACUAACACAGCAGCCUUAUGACGUGCCUGAAGCAGAAAUGGAAGAGACAGUAGUGCAGACGACAAGUUUAGAAUCUGAUGAUUCAUUGCUUGAAGAUACUCCUUCCGGAAGGCUUUUGAAUACGUCUCUAACAGAAAGACGCCAAAAUCAAGGCCAGAAAAGGGAAAGGGCCCCAACCGUUGCACAAAGGUCGGAAGCAGCAAAAAAAAUGGCGCAACAGUUCACAAAUUCAGAAGAAGAGAAAAUCGGUGUUUUGCGAGACAUUUCCAAUGCAUUGUGGUUAUUAGCAGAAGAAAGUGCAAAGCAAACAACAUUGUUAAAUCUCCUCUUAGAAAAAAAAUGA